AUGCCAUCUUCUCGCCGCGCUGCGUAUCUUGACCAUCCCAAUCGAUACAAUGCUUUAUCAGAAUUUGGAAUCUCACAAAUUUCAAAUAAUGCUAUUAUAGCUGCUGAAAAAUUAUUGAUUAGAUGUUUUGGUUGUGACUGUGCUACACUCGAUGAAGCACGUGUAAUAUGUGCGAAGAGAUUUAUUGAGGGAAAAUCUAACAAGUCAAUGUUAGAUAAAUUACCACCAACAACUGAUUCGUUUAAGCAACAUCUUGCUCGUGCGAAUAGUUGUAAAAACACAUCGUGCACAUUUCUGUGCAAGUGUGAUCCACAAAAAUGUUUAAAUAGAAAUUCGGAUAAUAUAAAACAAAAACAAUCAUUAUCUAAUCCAAAUCGCACAGCUAAACGAAGUCUUUUCGUCUCGCAUGCAAUGUUAACUGAUUCUGAUGAAGAAGAUGAAAAUAUAUCUGUUCAAACGUCAGACGAAAACGAAAGUUAUGGUGAAGAAAUUGAUGAUUACAGUGAAGCAGAAGAUGAGAAUGGGAACAGUAUUAAUGUAUUGUUUGAAACAGCACAGUUACAACGAGCUAACAGUCACGAUGACGAAAACGAUGAUUUUUAA